AUGUUGGAGUUGCACCCCGAGCGAGGGGCUGCGAGUGUUCUCCUCUCCUUGUGGGUGUGACCCGGGUUCGGCGCGGCGGCGGGCUGCGGGGGCGGGGACGGUUAGCCCGGGCGGCAGCGGCGGCGGCGGCGGCGGCGUGAGAGGAGCGGCGGCGGCGGCGGCCGCAGCGUGGAGCCGGGCGAUUGUGACCGCCGGGGGAGCAGGGGGCCGGCCGCGGCUCCCACUCUCCGUGUGGCCCCCUGAGCGCCCCCCCUCCCCUGCCCGGGAGGGAGGCGGGGGGCACCCGGGGCCCGCCAUGAACCCCGGCUUCGAUCUGUCCCGCCGGAAUCCGCAGGAGGACUUCGAGCUGAUUCAGCGCAUCGGCAGCGGCACCUACGGCGACGUCUACAAGGCACGGAAUGUUAACACUGGUGAAUUGGCAGCAAUUAAAGUAAUAAAAUUGGAACCAGGAGAAGACUUUGCAGUUGUACAGCAAGAAAUUAUUAUGAUGAAAGACUGUAAACACCCAAAUAUUGUUGCUUAUUUUGGAAGCUAUCUCAGGCGAGAUAAACUUUGGAUUUGCAUGGAGUUUUGUGGAGGUGGUUCUUUACAGGAUAUUUAUCAUGUAACAGGACCUCUGUCAGAACUGCAAAUUGCAUAUGUUAGCCGAGAAACACUACAGGGAUUAUACUAUCUUCACAGUAAAGGAAAAAUGCACAGAGAUAUAAAGGGAGCUAACAUUCUGUUAACGGAUAAUGGUCAUGUAAAAUUGGCUGAUUUUGGAGUAUCUGCACAGAUUACAGCUACAAUCGCCAAACGGAAGUCUUUUAUUGGUACACCAUAUUGGAUGGCACCAGAAGUCGCAGCUGUUGAGAGGAAAGGGGGUUACAAUCAGCUCUGCGAUCUCUGGGCAGUAGGAAUCACUGCCAUAGAACUAGCUGAGCUUCAGCCGCCUAUGUUUGACUUACACCCAAUGAGAGCAUUAUUUCUAAUGACAAAAAGUAAUUUUCAGCCUCCUAAACUAAAGGAUAAAAUGAAGUGGUCAAAUAGUUUUCAUCAUUUCGUGAAAAUGGCACUUACCAAAAAUCCAAAAAAAAGACCUACUGCUGAAAAGUUAUUACAGCACCCAUUUGUCACACAACCUUUGACACGAUCUUUGGCAAUUGAACUUUUGGAUAAAGUGAAUAAUCCGGAUCAUUCCACUUACCAUGAUUUUGAUGAUGAUGAUCCUGAGCCUCUUGUUGCUGUACCGCAUAGAAUUCACUCAACAAGUAGAAAUGUAAGAGAAGAAAAAACACGCUCGGAGAUAAACUUUGGCCAGGUAAAAUUUGAUCCACCCUUAAGGAAGGAAACAGAACCACAUCAUGAACUUCCCGACAGUGAUGGUUUUUUGGACAGUUCAGAAGAAAUAUACUACACUGCAAGAUCUAAUCUGGAUCUACAGCUAGAAUAUGGACAAGGACACCAAAGUAGUUACUUUUUGGGUGCAAACAAAAUUUCAUUCUCAAUGAAAGAACAAGAAUGCAAAAGGAGUCUUCUGAAGUCUGUUGAAGAAGAAUUACAUCAGCGAGGGCAUGUGGCACAUUUAGAAGAUGAUGAAGGGGAUGAUGAUGAAUCUAAACAUUCAACCAUGAAAGCGAAAGUUCCACCUCCUUUGCCACCAAAGCCUAAGUCCAUAUUCAUACCACAGGAAACUCAUUCUUCUGAGGAUGAUAACCAAGGAACUAUCAAGAGAUGUCCCACCUCAGAGAGCCCAGCAAAACCAUCCCAAGUUCCGCCAAGACCACCGCCACCCAGAUUACCUCCACAAAAGCCCAUUGCUUUAGGAAAUGGAGUGAGCUCCUUCCAGUUAAAUGGUGAACGAGAUGGUUCAUUAUAUCAACAACAGAAUGAACACAGAGGCACAAACCCUUCAAGGAAAGAAAAGAAAGAUGUACCAAAGCCUAUUAGUAACGGUCUACCCCCAACACCUAAAGUGCAUAUGGGUGCAUGUUUUUCAAAGGUUUUUAAUGGAUGUCCCUUGAAAAUUCACUGUGCAACAUCAUGGAUAAACCCAGACACAAGAGAUCAGUACUUGAUAUUUGGUGCCGAAGAAGGGAUUUAUACUUUGAAUCUUAAUGAACUUCAUGAAACAUCAAUGGAACAGCUAUUUCCCCGAAGGUGUACAUGGUUAUACGUAAUGAACAAUUGCUUACUAUCAAUAUCUGGUAAAGCUUCUCAGCUUUAUUCCCAUAAUUUACCAGGGCUUUUUGAUUAUGCAAGACAAAUGCAGAAGUUACCUGUGGCUAUUCCAGCACACAAACUUCCUGACAGGAUACUGCCAAGGAAAUUUGCUGUAUCAGCAAAAAUCCCUGAAACCAAGUGGUGUCAGAAAUGUUGUGUUGUGCGAAAUCCUUACACAGGCCAUAAGUACCUAUGUGGGGCACUUCAGACUAGCAUUGUUUUAUUAGAAUGGGUUGAACCAAUGCAGAAAUUUAUGUUAAUUAAGCACAUAGAUUUUCCCAUACCGUGUCCACUUAGAAUGUUUGAGAUGCUGGUAGUCCCGGAGCAGGAGUACCCUUUAGUCUGUGUUGGUGUCAGUAGGGGAAGAGACUUCAACCAAGUGGUUCGAUUUGAAACAGUCAAUCCAAACUCUACCUCUUCGUGGUUUACAGAAUCAGAUAGCCCACAGACAAGCGUUACUCAUGUUACCCAGCUGGAGAGAGAUACCAUUCUUGUAUGCUUGGACUGUUGUAUAAAAAUAGUAAAUCUUCAAGGAAGAUUAAAAUCUAGCAGAAAAUUAUCAUCUGAACUCACCUUUGAUUUCCAGAUUGAGUCAAUAGUUUGCCUACAAGACAGUGUGCUAGCUUUCUGGAAACACGGAAUGCAAGGUAGAAGUUUUAGAUCUAAUGAGAAAAAGAAAGCAUGAGAAGGAGAGGGACAAAAGGAGAGACAAUCCCCAGCAGACUCUGAGUUGAGUGCAAAACCCAACACAGGGCUUGAUCUCAUGACCCUGAGAUCAUGACUUGAGCUGAAACCAAGAGUCAGGUUCUGACUGAGCCACCCAGGCACCCUGCCCCGUUUCUUCCUACCUUAAUUUAACUUCAGGAACAGUUUAACUCCCAGCUCCCAAGUCCUAGGACAUAUUCAGUUCUGCUCAGCAUUUCCACCAGAAAGUGCUGAGCUUACAAAAUGUGAGCAAAAUGUGGUACUUUCCCCCAGGAAUAUCAUAGGCAAGUGAAAUCAUCAGAAAUCCUCCCUGGACCCCCAAAACCAAUCCUCACUUGAGCAGGAAAGGGAAAGGAGAACCUUAAGUGCCUCAAGCAAAAAGUAGCUCAUUUGUGUCCUAACCUGUCAUUCUAAGCUCAGAGUAUUUCUUCUAAGCACAUGGACAUUUUAAUAGCAGAGUGACCAUGAGCAUGGGUUCCAGAGUUGAAACACUGGGUUCAGGUCUCCACCCUGCUGUUUUGUAACCGUAGCCAUGGCGUAUCACUUAACUUCUCUUUGCCUUUACUUCCCAUUUAUGAAUUGAGGAUAACAAAAUGGUACUUACUUCAUUAGUUAUUAAGAUUAAUUGAAAGAAAGUAUAUAAUGUGCUUGGCAUAAUGCCCGGCUUACAGUAGGUAUUCAGGAAAAGAGGGGCACAUUGGUGGCCAGUCAGUAGAGCAUGCAUGUGACUUUGACCAUAGGGUUGUAAGUUGGGUUGUAGAGACUACUUAAAAAUAAAAUCUUUGAAGAAAAGAAACUUCGUAGCUAAUAGGUUUCUAGUAGUUAUUCCCACAAGAGGGCUUCUCAGGAAUAUGUUUUAAAAUCACCUGGGGGAAUUGAGCAGGGAGAUAAAAACAGUCUAAUAAACACUAGGCAGAGAAAGAAAGACACCGUAGGCAGGAUACCAGAAAGCAGUUUAAGAAAAAGAAGUCCAAAAAAGCACCUGCACUGAGGGGCUUUUUCUUUUCUUCUCUUUUUUUAAAGAUUGUAAUUAUUUAAGGGAUACAGAAAGAGCACAAGCAGGUGAAGGGACAGAGAGAGAGGAAGCAGGCUCCCCGCUGAGCAGAGAGUCCGAUGUGGGGCUCGAUCCCAGGACCCUGAGAUCAAGACCUGAGCCGAAGGCAGAUGCUUACCCCACUGAGUCACCCAGGAGUCCCUGAGGGGCUUUUUCAAACUGUGCUGGCAGCCCUUACUAAAUAUUGCUUCUCCAAAAGUGUUGUAUCCUUCUAAUAGGCAAACCCCAAAACACAUGGAAGAUCAGUCAUGGUGACCCACUAUUACUGUAGUGAGCAUGUUGGAUUCUUCAGGUGUGCUGGGUUCCGAAACAGGUUGAGAAUCACUGGUGUUUCCAGAAUAACUAAUUGUGGAGAUACUAAUAGAAUACUUUUAGUUUGGAAAGCAAAUUGUUUUUUCAGCCUAAAAAACUGUGGGGAGGGGCGCUUGGGUGGCUCAGUGGUUUAAGCCUCUGCCUUCGGCUCGGGUCAUGAUCUCAGGGUUCUGGGAUCGAGCCCCGCAUCAGGCUCUCUGCUCAGCGGGGAGCCUGCUUCCCCCUCUCUCUCUGCCUGCCUUCUCCCUACUUGUGAUCUCUAUCAAAUAAAUAAAUAAAAAUCUUAAAAAAAAAAAAAAUCUGUGGGGAGAAGUUUCUGCCAUUGUAAUUUGGAAUGUUUUGCACUCAGUGAGCAACAAAUCAUGGGUUUUUCUUUCUCCCGUAGACUUCUCUUUAACUCCCCAACUGGUAGUGGGUCACACUGAGGACUUCUUAAAGGAUAUCUGCCAACAGCAAAUACUAUUUCAGGAGACUGGGGGAGAUACAGGAAAGAAAAGUCAUCUGUUGAGCUCUGCCUUUGCUAGGCAUUGUACCCACUGCUACUUCUGAGAGCUCUGCACAACAGUAGUGCAGAGCAGAGCUUUUCUCUCCUGUUUCACAAAAGACAGAACCAUUUUCAGCAAAUUACUACUUGGCCCAGUGUCCUAGCAGCUUAAGUGGGAGAACCGGGAUUCAAAUUCCAGUCUCGAGUUUGUCCCAUCAUACUACAGUGCAGCCUUUGAAGUAAAAGGACCAGAUCUAAGUGGCUUGCUGCUGCAGUGGCUUUGCUGUCAGCAUUAACAGGACCGACAACGAUUUCUGAUAAAUGGACUGCAUGCUUGCUUUUCCAUUUUUCCCUUUUAGUAAAUAAUUUAGUAAAUAAUUUUCCUACUCUCCUCUUUUUGAUUAAUUCAAAAUUAGGCACCUUUUUCCUAGACUAGCAAACUGAUGUGUCUGUGUGCUGACUUAACAGACUAACAGUCAUGCAGGGAUCUCUUUGCAUCUUAGGAAUUAUGUUUCUUUUCUAUAGAGUUAUAAAUUAAAUGCCCAUAUAAAAUUUUGUGCCUUCAAUUUCAGAAAUUAAGUUUAUAUUUUAAU